UUUUCUUUCAAUGCACAUUCUCUCAGAGAACGAGUCAGAGGUGAGACCAGAGCUGCAACAUGUGUUGUUCCUGCUCUAUUAGAGGCUGGCUGCUUUUCUUCACAAUCCUACAAGUGAUUGGUGACAUGAGUUUCAUUGUCACCCCUUGGAAGUAUUACAUGAGCAGUGAACAUGACCUAGAUGAACGUCUGUCUCCUGUCAGAUGGACUAUCUUUACAGCAGGUGUGGUCUCCUUUCUCCUUGACAUCACGGGUCUGCAUGGAGCUCGUAAGAAGAACAAGAACUUCCUGAUCACGUAUUCAGUUGGAUCUUGUCUGCGAUGCUUUGGACUGGGGUUUCUGGCCAUCUACCUUCCACCACAGCUUCCAAAUAUGAUGAAAGCCUGGUAUGAAGGGUACAUCCCUUUGCACACAAAUGGAAGAGAUGUGGUACCAGGACUGACGCAACUGCAAACCAUUGGUGAAUGCUGUGGAUUGGUCAAUGGGUAUGAAGAUUGGGGUUCUCAUGUCCCCUCCUCGUGUACAUGCUAUCCUCUCCGACUAGAGUCCUGUGUUUUUACUGAGCAUGGCUUUGUUUACAAAGAACCUUGUCUGGAUCUAAUUGUGAAGAUUUACAUGAAUAUUGUGAGGAACACCUGUAUUUUCUACGUGGUCAUUACGGCCAUUGUAAUGCUUCUGGCGUUGGUAAUGACCCGUAGAAUCCAAAAAGCCUCCUCGGCUGAGGUGACCAUGGAUCUUAGCUAUAGAAACGCAGCCAACAUGGAAAUGGCAACUACUCCACAAGCUCCUCCCAUGCUGCCUGCCACACAAGCUCCUCUUCAUGCCAGCUCUUAUUACCAGCCACCUCCUCCGUACCAGUACGAUGCGAAACACUAGAGGGAUGUGACUGACCUGCGAACCCAUGUUGAAUUUCCUCAUUGGUUACAACUGGACCAGGGUUAGGUUUAAGGCUAGGGUUAAGGUUAGGGUUGGGGUUAAGACUAGGGUUAAGGUUAGGGUUGGGGUUAAGACUAGGGUUAAGGUUAGGGUUGGGGUUAAGACUAGGGUUAAAGUUAGGGUUGGGGUUAAGACUAGGGUUUAAAGUUAGGGUUGGGGUUAAGACUAGGGUUAAAGUUAGGGUUGGGGUUAAGACUAGGGUUAAGGUUAGGGUUGGGGUUAAGACUAGGGUUAAGGUUAGGGUUGGGGUUAAGACUAGGGUUAAAGUUAGGGUUGGGGUUAAGACUAGGGUUAAAGUUAGGGUUGGGGUUAAGACUAGGGUUAAAGUUAGGGUUGAGGUUGGGGUCAGUUUUAGCGUUUGCCUUCAUUGGACUGCCAAUGUGUUGCACCCCAAUAUGCCUUAGUAAAGGCUGAGCACACAGGUCUUCCUCGGUACCAAUUUGUUUGUGGGUUCUGGAAGUAACGUGGCCGAGGGAAGGGGCCCAUUUCAUUGUCAAACAAUCACCCACGUGAAUCACCAGUUUUCCUGUCUGGUAACUCCUCUAACAUCAAAUAAACGUAUUUUCUAAAUA